CAAAUUCGUGUAGCGAAAAAUAUUCUCAAAGCGUCUACAUUUAAAAAAACAACGAUGGUUCACAAAAUUAAACUUUCGAAUAAUGACAAUUUCGAUGAAAGCAUCGAUAAAAUCGUAAAAGAACACGAAGGACAAAAAAUUUACGUGUUGUUUUUUGGACAAUGGUGUCCUGAUUGUAUAAAUGCUGACCCUCUGAUCAAUAAAUAUAUCGAGAUGGAAACUGACUGUGUAUUUGUCGAGGCUUCCGUUGGUACAAAAUAUGAGUAA